AUGGCGUUGAUGUACCAUCCUACUUCAUCUCACUGCAUUCCUUCUGAGGCAACACAGUGCAGAGCUACACAUAUUGGAGCUAAUAGCUUUGCCAACAUGGUGGUGUCAGCAAAGAAUAAGGAAAUUGCCUCCGGUUUACGCUCCCAUACACGGAGUUCCUUGAACUUGACAAAAGGUUGGAGUUUCGAUGGUGUUGAGGUGAAACAGAGGCGAGGGUAUCAGGUUAUUGUUGCUGCUAGUCCUCCUACAGAAGAUGCUGUUGUUGCAUCAGAGCCACUCACAAAAGAAGAUCUUGUAGGUUACCUUGCUUCUGGUUGCAAGCCUAAGGAGAAAUGGAGGAUAGGCACUGAACAUGAGAAGUUUGGAUUUGAAAUUGGAACAUUAAGACCCAUGAAAUAUGAUCAGAUAGCAGAGCUUCUCAAUGGUAUAUCUGAGAGAUUUGAUUGGGACAAAAUAAUGGAAGGUGAAUACAUUAUUGGACUCAAACAAGGAAAACAAAGUAUAUCGUUGGAGCCUGGGGGCCAGUUUGAACUUAGUGGUGCACCUCUCGAAACUCUGCAUCAAACUUGUGCUGAAGUGAAUUCUCAUCUUUACCAGGUUAAGGCUGUUGCAGAAGAGAUGGGGAUUGGGUUUUUGGGAAUCGGCUUUCAGCCCAAGUGGAAACGUGAGGACAUACCUGUAAUGCCCAAGGGAAGAUAUGCAAUUAUGAAAAAUUACAUGCCCAAAGUUGGAACUCUUGGACUUGAUAUGAUGUUCCGAACAUGUACUGUUCAGGUGAAUCUAGAUUUUCAUUCUGAAGCUGAUAUGAUACGGAAGUUUCGGGCUGGUCUGGCCUUACAGCCUAUAGCCACGGCACUCUUUGCAAAUUCACCUUUCACUGAAGGGAAACCAAAUGGUUUUCUCAGUAUGAGAAGCCAAAUCUGGACAGACACUGAUAACAACCGUGCUGGGAUGCUUCCAUUUGUCUUUGAUGACUCCUUCGGGUUUGAACAGUACGUUGAGUAUGCUUUGGAUGUUCCAAUGUACUUCGUCUAUCGAAAGAAGAAAUAUAUUGAUUGUGCUGGGCUGUCCUUUCGGGAUUUUAUGGCUGGGAAACUUCCUUCUCUUCCGGGUGAAUAUCCUACUCUCAAUGACUGGGAGAAUCAUCUGACUACCAUAUUCCCAGAGGUUAGGCUUAAAAGAUACUUGGAGAUGAGAGGUGCUGAUGGAGGGCCCUGGAGGAGGCUGUGUGCAUUGCCUGCAUUUUGGGUCGGUCUAUUGUAUGAUGAAGUCUCUCUUCAAAAUGUUCUGGACUUGACAGCAGAUUGGACAACUGAAGAAAGGCAGAUGCUUAGGAAUAAGGUGCCAAAGAGUGGUUUGAAGACGCCAUUUCGCGAUGGGCUGCUGAAACAUGUUGCCCAAGAAGUUGUCAAAUUUGCGAAGGAUGGACUGGAAAGAAGAGGCUUCAAGGAAACUGGAUUUCUAAAUGAAGUGACAGAAGUGGUUAAUUCAGGCGUAACACCGGCUGAAAAGCUCCUCGAACUGUACCAUGGGAAAUGGGGACAAUCUGUGGAUCCUGUUUUUGAGGAGCUCCUUUACUGA